CUAAAAUCUGGAUCCAACAUGGCGGACGUCGGUCGUGUGUUGGUUGUGAGCUGCAGUUCGUUUCUUUCCCCGGAAGAUAUCAUUAAUGGUGAGAAAAUUUAUUCACAUAAGACGUAAAAAAUUUUUUCCCUGUGUGGGGAAACUCAGUAGUUAUUUUUGGUGGGCAAGUGUGAUCAAUGAAAAGUUCCAAAACAAAUUUAAUUGUUCGCUCCUCAUUUUAUAAUAGACCUUGUCACGGUUUUCGACGCCAUCUUGACGAGUAGGCAAACGCGUGAGAAAUUACAAUAUUUGUAUGAGAAUCUAAUGUGGAAUAAUUUCCGUAGAACGGCUGUUCUGAAAAAAAAUAUGAUUUGUAAACUAAAGCUUCACUCCUAAGAAUUCUCCUGAAAAAAUUUGAGGGCGUUACAUGCCCUAGAAGACCUAGAACCGCUUUUUAAAAUUUUCUAUACAUUUUUCUGUAAGAAAGUCCCGGGAAAAUUACAGACAAAUGUAUGGAAAAUCAAAGCAAGCCUCGGGAGACAUUUAAGGACAGGUACGCCCUCAAAAUUUUUUAGGACAAUCCUUUGCGUUGUAGCUUUAGAUUACAAUUGAUAUUUUUUCAGAACAACCGUUUUACGGAAAUUAUUCGACAUUAGAUUCUCAUACAAACACUGUAAUUUCUCACGCGUUUGCCUACUUGUCAAGAUGGCGUCGAAUCCGUGACAAGGUCUAUUAUUAUGACCGACUUUUCUACAAGUUCUCCUUGCCCUUUUAUUGUCUAUUUCAGCAAUGUGCAAUAAGAAGCAUCCUGAGCCCACACAGCUGACAGACAGUUUGACUUCUUACCUUUGGAAAAUAGAAAAUAAAUAUUACACCGCAGAUGUGCAUCUCUGUGCAUGUUCUGUUAGUUCUCUGCCGCCACAAUGUGAGUUUGCAGGAAACAUGAAUUUUCAAAGUGUCAUUAUUACUUUUGAUCAAAAAGAGGUGAGGGCCCAUUUUUAUUUUAAUUUUAAUGAUAGUAUGUUCACAGGUAGUCCAUAUUCUGUUUGUGUCAUUUUUAUUGAUAUCUGACCUUCUACCUACAGGGAGAGAAAUACAGGUUAUUAUAAGAAUGGCAAUUGCAAUUUUCCCUUAGAAAAGAAUGAAUGUAAAUGCUUCAUUGAAAGUUCAAGUUACAUUUUAAAUGGGACAGGUGUUAUGCGUUGUUGUUUACUUUCGCUCACUCAAACUUUAUAAGGUGUCAUUUUGCUGGCUGAAAAGAAAUGAUCAUCAUACAAAAUGUUGCCUUAUACAUGUACAGCUUGAGGCUGCAUAAAAACUUUUCUCAGUUAACAUUUUUGUUACUGCCAAAGAUUCAUCUGUAUUUUUUACUCUCAUUCUUGAUGCUCAGAUUUCAAUACAGACCACAUGAAUGAUUCCUGAUCAUUAUUGCCACCAUGAUAGGUUUGAGGAAAUACGCCGUAUUCACAAAUGGCGGACACGCGGGAAAAAACUGGUGCCUAGUCAUGAAAGCGAGGCGUUGGAGGAUAAACAAAAAUUGCAAAUUAAGACUUUCAGAGAACUUGCAGAGUGUUUAGCACGGAUUCCACCUAAAAUAACUUUGUACAGACUUCGUUUUAAAUACAAUUACGUGGGAUGCUUUCUGCUUUUAAUGUUUAGUAGUGAUUUGCUGUUUGCAAUCAAAAAGGACGCGUAUAUCUUCAAGGAAACAGGAUGAUUUUGUAGGUCUGCGAAGCAUCAGAAGCUCGACAAGUGGACGAUGGCUGGAGAAAAGCGGCAAACAUGUUGGCCCAAACUUCACAUUGAAACCGAGUACGAAAGCCAGCUCACUGCAAUUCGGUGAAACAGAACUAUAAACAAAUCUUGGUGGCAAGAAAAAAAGAAAUAAGCGACAGGUAUAUGGCCUACUUGUUAACGUAAGAGACGUCUGACGCUGAACAAUUCAAGUCGAGCCGAUGGAAAAAAGGAAGACAGGAAAGAAGAGGUGACUGAGGUUUCGAUGAAGUCAUGUUUGUUUUUUGUUUGCCAGGACGUUAUUCUCUGGUCUUUAUCGAUGAAGGACAUCAAUUAGAACUAAUUUUUUAGUAUAAAUGCAGGCGCGACCGAGUGGAGUACGCUCAAAAUUUCAACUUGUUACUCAGCAGACUCGGUAAGCCGGCCACAUCAUUUCAGCGAGUAAUUUCGUAUCUCUUAUCUUUGGCUAUUAAGAGCUUUAACUUUAUGUUCCAUAAUAUUUUAAAGUUGAAGAAUACAUAAAUAAAUAAAAUGAUGGUCUUCUUCAAGUUAAACGGAUCCAGACUCGAAUUUAAUUAUUCGAAACAGAAGCUUGCCGUGUUCAGUCCUGACACAAACAUUGCCUUAAAAGUUUAACUUAGUAAAAUGUGAGCUUUAUACCGCUUUUUUACCAAGGGCUCUCCGAGAUCAUGCCCUAGAGGAGACCAGGCAAAUAGCAGGCCAUAACAGCUUCUAAGUUUGAUAAAAUUAUGUUUAAUUAAUAACAAAGAAAUCAUGAGAUUUUUGCUAAGCUGUGCCAACGUACCUCUAACAAUUUACUCCAAACCGACGGAAUUAAUAUGAUCCAAAGGAAGUUGUAAAUACAGACAUACAUAUAUACAUAGAUAUGUAUAAAAUGACACUGACAUGAAUGAAUGAGCUUCGUGAAUGAAUCUUUCACCCGCUCUCGACUUGACCUGUUUUGUGUAAUGGCGGAGGUCCAUUCCGUUGACAAGUAGGCCAUAUAUCCGUCGCUUAUUUCUCUUUUUCUCGCCACCAAUAUCUGUUUUUAUUUCUGUUUUACAGAAUUGUAGAGAUCUCGCUUUCGUAUUCGGUUUCAGUGUGAAGUUUGGGCCAUCAUGUUUGCCGCUUUUCUCCAGCCAUCGCCCACUUGUCGAGCUUCUGAUGCUUCGGAAACCUACAAAAUCAUCCUGUUUCUUUGAAGAUAUAGCGUCCCUUUUGAUUGCAAACAGCAAAUCACUACUAAAUAUUAAAAGCUGAAAACAUCCUACGUAAUUGUAUUUAAAAAGAAGUCCGUACAGAGUUAUUUUAGGUGGAAUCCGUGCUAAACACUCUGCAAGUUCUCUGAAAGUCUUAAUUUGCAAUUUUUGUUUAUCCUUCAACGCCUCGCUUUCAUGACUAGGCACCAGUUUUUUCCCGCGUGUCCGCCAUUUGUGAAUACAGUGUAUUGAGCUGCACUUUGAAAGACUACAAUGAACCUGUAUUCUUAAUCCACCAUUUUGCCAGAGCACUUGUGUGUGCCUUUUUCCAUAAAAAGCCAAUAGCCUGACGGGAGGGGGAGAGGGUACUCCCUUGUAUAAGCUAUAUAGGUAUGUGCCAUCCCAAAGGAUAUGGUUUUUGAGCUGUUUUGGUCUGUAAAUGGGUAUAGCCUUUGCCCAUUUUGGUCUGGAAUCGGGUAUGGUAAAUUAGAGGAAACUACAGGAGUGUAUGAAUGCGAUUAUGGAAUGAAUAAGAAAGAAAGAGAAAUCAAUGCGAAUUCAAAGUGUAUUUUUAGUAAUCUGUUUUGUUGGCUUUUUAAUCUAAAUAACAAUGAGAUGACUUCCUAGAGGCCGGGCCCCAGUAGUUCAAACGUUGGAUAGCACCAUCCACCGGAUAACUCACUAUCCAGCGGAUAAGUAUUACAGAAAUCAAUUACGCUAUCCGCUGGAUAGUGAUUUAUCCGGUGGAUAGCGCUAUCCGACGUUUGAACUACCGGGACCAGGUCUAAAUACAAGUAUGGAUUUUAGAGACUAGGUCUUAAAGUAGGUGUGAAAAAAUGCCAGUUUUUGGUCUGAAAUAGGGUCAGGACUUGGAGAACCAGGCGGCACACCCCCACCGAGAAAAAUUUUCCCAGCGGUUCCCCCCGGGGGUUUUUUAGGUGAAAAACCCAUAUCCUACUGAUUUGUACAUUCUAACAUGGGUAUAUACAGUACAUGUUACAUGUAGAUGUACCUUAAUUUCCCACCCUCAUCCCCCUCACUUCUUACAGUGUACUAUUCAAACAGGAACCUUUAUCUUUAAUCAUCAUUAGAUAACAGCAUGUACUAAACUGUCAAUCUUAAUUAUUUUAUUUUCCUCCAUAUCAAGUUUUUUUUUAACCAAAUACAAGGGAAAAUAAUGCAUAAUAUAAAAUUCACAGCGUGAAUAAAAAUUUUGCUGGUUUUGUUACUGUUCAUAAAUUAUCAUCUAUCCUAGAAAUCUAGUUUUGAGGAAGUAGCCUCAUGGCUGUCAUACAUUGAGUCCAAGGAUCCAUCUGUCUUGUUACUGAUCAAUUCUGGUAAAGGAGAAUUAGACAAUGGAGGUAAAACACCUGUCUCAAGAUGAAUAAUUUGCUUUCUUGAAUUUUUUGUUACCAUCAUACAUAAAAUUUAAUUAUUGUCAACAGAUGAACCUUCUUGUAUAAAAAUAAUUUGUAACUGAUAUAUGUUGUAGUUCAAUUUUAUUGCUUUGGUUUGAUUUUUCCUUCCCUUGUCUCAAAUCGUUAUACAUAAAAACUAAGGAUAAAAUGGAAUUGCAAAGUAUACAUGUGCAUACAUGUACCUAUAAAAAAAGCAUUUCUGUUGGCAUCCCAUCUGGACUAUGCAGGAGCUAUGAGGGCUAUGAAUCAAUAAAGCAGAAAUAUGAAUCAAUAAACAAGAAAAUAAAGCAAUAAUUAUUGUGUCAACUAAGCAGUCUUGCACUUUUGUGAAUUUGAUGCACAUAAAUGCAGUAAUGAGAUUUUAGAAGAUCUGCACUGUAACUAACAGCCUGUCCCAGUGAUAAGACACAAUGACUUUUUAUAAUAGCAAGUAUAAUUAUUAUCAUACAGUUUUCCUAACAAUAAUUGUUAGGAAAACUGUCAAGAUUCAUCAGAAUUUGUUAUUAUAAUAAUCUUUGUUUUUAUUACUAUCUUUAGGUGUGUCUAAAGCAGAGGUAGUAAAAUGGUGUUUGGAUAACUCAUUUGAGCUCAUUAACAUGAUCUGUGAGGAGGAUGAAGAAGAUGAUGAGGAAGGUAUCCUGCUUAUUGUGGCAUGUCAUUCACUUUGUAACAGUUAAAUAAAUAAAAUACCAGACGCAGGACAUGAAAGUAGUAAACUCUCAUGUUACACCAUAGCAUUAUUGUUUACGGCUGAUUUGAAAUACCUUUUGUUUGAAUAAAUAAUCAUAAUUAAUGAAUUAGGAUAUGUUUUGCAAAAUCUAGCAUUGAAAUGUCCAAUAAAGAAUAACAAUGUGCAUUCAUCCUAGAUGACUUUCGUGAAAAGACAGGCAUAGACAGAGUGAUUGAAGCUCUUCAGUGUGCCGAGUGGCCUAAUAUGGAAAUGAGGGGUAUGAUUUAAUGAGCACUGAUACAUCACCUGUCCAUGCUAUUCUUAAUUAGUUUAUGUUCUUGUUACUGUUGUUGCCUGCAAAUACAGCCACUUCCCAUUGCUCCCCCUUGCCAGGGACUUUUGUGACAGAGGAGUCUGUGUUUUUGUCCAAAAAUUAUAUGGUGAUGAUUUGACAUACUACUGUAUGUAGCAACUACACAUAGUGUCCUCUUUCACCUAUUUUUUGCAAGUGGCAGACAAAACUCAAAAGUCUCUCUCAUGAAACAUUCAGCAGUCUCCAGCAACAGGGAGUGACGAGAGGCAGCUGUAUUCACAGGCUAGUUACAGUAGUUAAUCUGCCAGUCUUGAUUCUGUUUAUUUAUCUCUGUCAUUAAACAAGCCCAAAAUAGAUCUGCGCUCAGUUACUAUUUAUAGACCUGAAACUCAGACAAACAAACUGAAAUUAACAUUAGCCAAUUCCUCACUUUUGUCUGUCUUUUGUCAUUAAAAUGAGAAAAAUUACAAAACCUGGACAAAAAUAAUUGUAAAUUAGUCACUCUGACAUCAUUUGUGCGCUAGGCUAUUGUCUUGAAGCUGAAAAUGCUCAAUGCCUGGCACUAUUUUUCACUUCAUUAGAACUGGGAGUGCUACUUAACUACAGUCUUUGCAUGUUAUAGGUAAAAUCCAUUCUUACAUUUAAACCAGUAUUCAGCCUCGGUUACCAGUGUUAGAACCAGGCCAGCAAAGAAACCAGAUGACAUGUUUUACUUCCAACAUGCAUGCAACUUGCAGGGUAGAAUGAAAACGGCUACAGACUACACUCUUAUCUAAUUGAAUCUGCACACUAAAAAAUCGGAGUAGAGGGUCGUACAUGUACAUUGUACUUUGUUGAAGAUCAAACACAAUAAUAAAAUUGUAUUGUAUUUUUUCGCAUGCAGAGAGUCAAAGUCACAGAGCUACAAAAGUUUCCAGUAACGACCAAGAAGCAGUUAACAAAGAGGAUAAUAGUAAACAGAGUAGUAAAAAUGAUGGUGCUUCAAAGAACCCAACUUGUUCAUUAGCAGCCAGUGACAAGCCUCAAGGUUAGUUUGUUUGUUUCUUUUGAUUAACUCUAGCAGACAAUAGAGGAAACAGACAAAACAACUACCAUUAGAAAGUAAAAGCAUCAUGUAAAGGGUCUUGACACAAAAGACAACAUACUGGAGCCCGAUAGUUCUUAGCUUAGGGGAACAUUAUUUUAGCCUAUCGACAAAAGUUAUUCUUUUCUUUUCUGUCUUUGUUUCCUCCUUUUCGUUUUUUUUUUUUUUCGACCAUUCGACAGAGCGCAAGCAUGGAGCGCGAGAAUGAGCGCGAAGUGCGAGAAAAAAAGAAAGGAACAAUUUCCUCUUUUCCCCGCCCCCACCCCCUUGCUCUUGAGGUCAAUAAAUCCCCACGCACGUAACCUCUCAUCUCGCCACCAAUGAAGUCGCCACCAAAAUAACUCUGUAAUAAUCGACCUCUAAAGAGAAAUUAGGGAUCUGUGAACAGCAGGCAGCAUUAGGAUUCGAAAGAAACAUAAUAUCAGAGAAAAGUGGAUCCAACAUGCAAACAAAGUAGAGAAAACAUCUGCACUGUUACCCACUGAUAAAAACUUAAAAUGAAAAUCAUUGUGUGAUGUGACUGUCCAUUCUCGUUCUUGCUGAUGUCUCGUUUCUCAUAUGAAAUCACUCUGUGAUUGUUUCGUAGCCUUUGCACAGCCAACUGAUGACCUUGAAUUACUUAGCAACUUAGCAAGUGAUGGAGCUGAAAAUGAAUCAUUUGAGGAGCUGUUCCAGAAGCUUGCGGCAAUGAAAGGUCAGAAAUUGUUUGUUUGCACAGUAAUUUUUAGGGAGUUAUUAUAACUCCAAAAAUGGAGUAAAAAUUUUAGGUACAGAAUAACCCCGUUUUUGGGGUUACUUUAACUCCUAAUUUAACUCCAAAUUUGGGGUCAUUUUUACUCCUGAAAAAGAGUCCUUUUUACUCCCAGUCUGGAGUUAAAAUAACUCCAAAAAUGGGGUUAUUUUUACUCCUUACAUGGGUUGUUUUCACUCUUUCUGGAGUUACUUUAACUCUGAAAGUGGAGUAAAAAUUUUAGGUACAGGAUAACUCCUUUUUUGGGGUUAUUUUAACUCUUCAAUAUCUGAGGUCAUUUUUACUGCUGGAAAAGAGUUCUUUAAACUCCUUUUUGGAGUGAAAAUAACUCCCCAAAAAAUAACUCCACUGUGAGGAGUUAAAUUAACCCCACUAGAGGAGUUAUUAUAACUCCUUGAAAAUUACUGCGUGUUUGUCUGCUUUGCUUGUUAAUUAUUACUAUCAUCAUCAUCUUUAUUAACAUCAUCAUAAACAUCAUCAUCAUUUUUAUCGUCAUUUUCAUCAUUACAAUUAUUAUGUGAGCGGUCAUUGCUCAAGCAAGCGAGACUCAGAAAAUGCAAACGUUUCCUUUUUUUCGUGUGUACGUGCCAAAAGGGGAAUCAUGGUCCCAUGCGUUCCUAGCGGAAACCGCGAAAACUGAGGAAAAGAAUCGAAACGUGUCACAGCGCCAUGCUUUAUUUUGUGAAGGAAGCUUUUGAAAGAUUGAUGCGAAAGAUGUCGAGCUUUUCCGAAACAGGUCGGUCCACGAAAGCGUUGAUUACUAUGGAACAGUUGAAUACUUCAGUGAAAACUUCGAUGGUGAGAUUUCGUUAUAUGCAAACGAGUCUUAUGAUGAGCGUGCUGUUUAUUUUCGGCGAUGAUUGAAAUGACGCGCCAUGUUCAUCACGUUUCUGGUCUCUGGCAAAGGUGUAAUUUCUCUCGAAUUGAUAUUCGUGUAUUUAUCUCGACGUAGCUAAUCGAACAAAACCGAACUAACUAUCAAUCGAACCAAAUCGGACGGAUUAUUGUUCGAUUGGUUCAGGAAUGGAACAUAAUCGAACUGCAACUGUUCGGUGAGUUCAAUUAAUCGAACUCGUGGGUUCGAUUACCGAACUCAAUCGAACCAAUCAAACUAAACGACGCGAUUUGUUUGAUGUUGCUCGGCAGAAAGAAAAUAAAAUCCAGUGAGAAUAGUUUUAAUUAAAAUAAUCAGAAACAUUUCCCUCUUAGCCAGGUAUGACAACGAAAAGUCACUUCAAUUGACUAAAAUCUUUAUUUUUGAAGUAAUCCAUAAAUUCACAAUUAGUACUGGAAGUGCUUAACGACGGUAGCGGGCAUAAGAUUCACACUUUAACUUUGACGGUCAAUGUCCGAGCUGGCGGCCGCGGCCACCGUCAGUUAACGUAUGGGCUAGACCCCUUUCUCAAAAAUAAACUUUACAUCGACACCGACGGCGAAAGGGCACCCGUGAUAGCCUUCAUUUAUAACCACUCUCUUCCAGAAUUGGUAGUUUCACGGUUUACGCUGUCUCUGCUCUCUCCGACAUCUGCCCUGUGUACUUGUGUUUGAAAUUGAAGGUAACACAUAACUUAUUUGUUGACAGCAACGCCUUGUUUGAAAGGAGAUGAAUCUUGAUUUGUGUACAAUUUUUGAAGCUUCCAUUUCUGAACGUUCGAUUGUGUUCGAUUGGCAAAAGUUUGGGGUGAGCUCGAUCAUGUUGGAUUGCCGAAACCAAUCGAAGUCAGUCGAACGAUUGGAGUUCGAUUGGGUUCGAUUGCCGAACGUUCGAUUGACUACGGCAGGAUUUAUACACGCGUACGCAAUUAUCGUCGAAUCGAAUACGAUAUAAAAGGUAACUGAUCCUGAAGAAUACUCGACCAUCGAUGAAGUAGGAAGUGAAAAAAAUUUAGCGAGGAAAUCCUGUCUCGUGUAUAAUUAAUCGCCUCCCCAAUUCUUAUCUAAUCUCCAAAAAAGUGAGACUUGACGCUUUUUUAAGAGCGUCCUUGUUUUUUUGUAUUUAUUAAUUUUGUUUGCCCAGAAAUUGAUAAAUAUUGUAAUUGUGUCAUACCCCGUCUAACGGACACCUGUCAAUGCAGACACGGACUAAUUGAUUGCUUCCAGCCGUGUGCUGUUAUAAGCCCCACUUUUUUUAUAAAAGUAGAAAAACUUCGGAAUCAUUGUUUUUCGAUCUUCACCGUGCUACAGUAUACGAGAUAAGAUAAAAUGUAGACUUGAGUUUCUUCAGGCUGUUUGCCAACAGGGUUAUGUAGAGUACUGUUUUUGAUUAAGAAAUGUGUGCGGGAUUGGCGACUUUUGCGUGUUUCUAUUAACAGAAAUUAUCUGCUAAAUAACGGCUUUGUGUAAGUCAGAAAAGUGUUUUAUCUCCUCAGUAUUAUUUUUCCCACUAGUAGCAAAAUAAAAAACAAAGAUUUUUGUACUAUGAAAACUUCCAGCAAAGCAUCAGAAACAACAUUCAUAAAAAAUACUUAUUACUUACAGCUUUUUCUCUUCCUUUUCCUAGAGCGUGCAUCUUCACUACCUGCUGAAGAAAGGAAAGAUUACGCCGAAAGGGUAAGUUGCUUUCAUUAUACGUACGUCAGUGGAAUUUUGUACACCUUUCCAUCUACUAAGUCAUCAACUGCCAAAGCAAGUCAUUUUCUUACUUCUGAAUUAAAUCUCCGUCAUUAUUUACUUUCCUAUAAUCUCAGGCAAGCUAUUAGGCCCUAUGAUGAUAUCUUAACCAUAGUAAAGAAACGCAAGUUAAAGUGGUUUGGGCAUGUAUCAAGAUCAUCAGGGCUUGUCAAGACAAUUUUACAAGGAACAGUGGAAGGAGGGAGAAGAAGGGGCCGACAAAAGAAGCGUUGGGAGAAUAAUAUCUCUGAGUGGACAGGGUUGAAGUUUUGCAACGCUCUAAGAGACGCUGAAAACACAGUCAAAUGGAGGGAGAGGGUUGCUAUGUCCGUGGCGCCUCAACAGUCAUUGACUACGGGAUAGCUGCAGGUGCAGGUGCAAUGUCACGUUCUGAAAUAUUAAUUCUAUUUCUUUCCUCUUUUAAUUGUCAACAGGUUGCCAUUGCAUUUUGGCGCGCCAUGGGUGGAAGCGAAGAUGAAAUCGCUGGUUUAGGAGAAGACGGUGACAGCUAA